UCUCAGAUUUAGCGGUGUUCAGGUCCGGGAGCAAUAUGGCGACGUGCAUGAGAGCCUAACUUUGGAAACCGAGUGUUUGGUGUCGCUGUUUUGCUGGGCUUUGACAGGCUGAAGUUUCCUGCCAUCUGAAUUAAGGAAGCGUGCACGGAUAAGCCGCCAGCCUCAGUGAUCCGCUGUGCACCCUCGUCUCCCAUCAGGAGCAGAAUCGUGAGCACUGACCAGCAUGAGCAACAUCUACAUCCAGGAGCCUCCCACUAACGGGAAGGUUUUAUUGAAAACAUCGGCUGGAGAUAUUGAUAUAGAGUUGUGGUCAAAAGAAGCCCCUAAAGCUUGCAGAAACUUCAUUCAGCUUUGUAUGGAAGCAUAUUAUGACAACACCAUUUUCCACAGAGUUGUACCUGGUUUUAUAGUCCAAGGAGGAGAUCCUACUGGCACAGGAACUGGUGGAGAAUCAAUUUAUGGUGCCCCAUUCAAGGAUGAAUUCCACUCACGGUUGCGUUUUAAUCGGAGAGGACUGGUUGCCAUGGCAAAUGCUGGUCCUCAUGAUAAUGGCAGUCAAUUUUUUUUUACACUUGGUCGAGCAGAUGAACUUAACAAUAAACACACCAUCUUUGGAAAGGUUACAGGGGAUACAAUAUAUAACAUGUUGCGACUGACAGAAGUAGAUAUUGAUAAUGAAGAAAGACCACGAAAUCCACACAAAAUAAAAAGUUGUGAGGUUUUGUUUAAUCCUUUCGAUGACAUCAUUCCAAGAGAAAUAAAAAAGCCAAAAAAAGAGAAACCAGAAGAUGAAGUAAAGAAAUUGAAACCCAAAGGCACAAAAAAUUUUAGCUUGCUUUCCUUUGGAGAGGAAGCUGAAGAAGAAGAAGAGGAAGUAAAUCGAGUUAGCCAAAGUAUGAAAGGAAAAAGCAAAAGUAGUCAUGACUUGCUCAAGGAUGAUCCACAUCUGAGUUCUGUUCCAGUUGUUGAAAGUGAAAAAGGUGAAGCAGCAGAUAAUUCAGAUGAUGAUGGAGAAUCUGAAAGUGCUGAAUUUGAUGAGAGUGGUGAAGGUGAUGAGAAAAACCCAAUGAGAGAAAGAAUUGCAAAGAAGUUAAAAAAGGAUGCAAGUACAAAUGUUAAAACAUCUAGAGAGGGAGACGUGGAGAAGAAAUCAGUUAGCCGCAGUGAAGAGCUCAGGAAAGAAGCAAGGCAAUUAAAGCGGGAACUCUUAGCAGCCAAGCAAAAAAAGAUAGAAAAUGCAGCAAAUCAAGCAGAAAAUAAAAGCGAAGAGGAAGAGUCUGCUCCUGAUGGUGCUGUUGCAGAAUACAGAAGAGAGAAACAAAAGUAUGAAGCUCUGAGGAAGCAGCAGUCAAGGAAGGGGACUUCUCGGGAAGAUCAGACCCUUGCACUGCUGAACCAAUUUAAAUCUAAGCUCACUCAAGCAAUUGCUGAAACUCCUAAAAAUGACAUUUCUGAAACAGAAGUAGAAGAUGAUGAAGGAUGGAUGUCACAUGUGCUUCAGUUUGAGGAUAAAAGCAGAAAAGUGAAAGAUGCAAGCAUGCAAGACUCAGACACAUUUGAAAUCUAUGAUCCUCGAAAUCCAGUGAAUAAAAGAAGAAGGGAAGAGAGCAAAAAGCUGCUGAGAGAGAAAAAAGAAAGAAGAUAAAAUGAGAAUAAUGAUAACCACAACUAGCCAGAAAUGGCUUUUUAACAGCCAUUGUUCACAACAUCACUUAAGGGUGUGAAAAGAAGUAUUUUAAACCUGUUCUCUGGUUUUGGAAAAACUAUUACCUUAUUAUAUAAAGUGGAAUGGCAGAAGCAAAUGCUUUUGGUUACUACGACAUGCUUUUUUUUUUCUUCCUUACUGACCUUUUAUAUCUGACUCUGAAAUAAAAUCACUUUCAGUUUUCAUGUGAACCAUC